CCUGAAGAUGAUUGGUUGAAAAGCGGUAACCCCCGUUCCUUCGUCUGAUUGGCUGGUCAUGACGUGAUGCGUAGGGCAGUGGCCGGCGCUGGUUGAUGAGGCGUUAGUGUGGAGGCCGGUGAAACCUGGAAUACGGAGGGUAUGGCGGCAGCUAUUAAUGCUGCUGCUGCACCACCUCCUCCUCCGGUGGCUCCAACUGCACCCCCUCCUCCGCCGCCCCUGGGUCAGGCCUCGGGUAGGCUGCCUAGCAGGGUACUCGAACUGGUUUUCUCCUAUUUGGACCUUCCUGAUCUGCGCAGCUGCGGCCUGGUGUGUAAACACUGGUACCGGUGUCUGCACGGAGACGAGAAUAGUGACGUGUGGAGGAGUCUGUGCUGCAGAAUCGUUGGCGAGGAAGCUUUGCGGACCGACAUACUGUGCAACCUGCCCACUUACAAGGCAAAGGUUCGGGCCUAUCAGCAUGGAUUCAGUUCAAAUGAUUGCUCUAGAAAUGUCUACAUUAAGAAAAAUGGUUUCACCCUUCACCGAAAUCCCAUAGCACAGAGUACUGAUGGAGCACGCACCAAAAUCGGCUUCAGUGAAGGGCGGCAUGCUUGGGAAGUGUGGUGGGAAGGCCCUUUGGGCACAGUUGCUGUAAUAGGAAUAGCUACAAAACGGGCACCGAUGCAGUGUCAGGGGUACGUGGCACUCCUGGGCAGUGAUGACCAAAGCUGGGGCUGGAAUCUGGUGGAUAAUAAUUUGUUGCAUAAUGGGGAGGUAAAUGGUAGCUUCCCCCAGUGCAAUAAUGCCCCAAAAUACCAGAUAGGCGAAAGGAUUCGGGUGAUCUUGGACAUGGAAGACAAAACCUUGGCAUUUGAACGUGGCUAUGAAUUUUUAGGGGUGGCUUUUCGGGGACUGCCAAAGGCCUGCUUAUACCCAGCAGUAUCUGCCGUAUAUGGGAACACAGAAGUGACUUUGGUGUACCUAGGCAAACCUCUGGAUGGGUAACAAAACUACCAGAAACAACUUUGGAAUAAACAAAGGUGGUGCAUUAUGCAUGUGACUUAGCAGGAAGCAUCACCCAUUUGGAGGAUAUUCAAAGGAUAUAAGGCAUAUAUCAAAGGACCCUGCUUGUUCUGCACCCUGGAAGACUCUUGAGCCUAUCCCCUGGCGGAGUGCUAAGAACAUCCAACUAGGGAUGCUACAAUGUGAAUGGAGACCAAGGGUCUCUUUGCUUUUAUUUGUAUCCCCAGUGUUGUCUGUGUUUUUGUGUUGGAUUGAUGGUCGUGCAAAGAAAUAGUAUUACAGUGCUGGGGUCAGUUAAGAUGCACAGAGCAGUGCUUUGGACUCUCCCUGCCUCCUAUUUUCAGAGGAGCCUGGAGUCUGUCAAUUGGUUUUAAACUUGUUUUUUUUUUAAUUUGGAAUGCCUGGGCCAAGUUUUAAUGUUGUGCUUUUAUUUAUGCAGUUCUUUUUAGGCGAAAUGCAGCAACUUUUUUAAACAAACCAGGGUUGGUCUUGUUAAAGCGUUAGCAUUGUGGGUACAUGUGGGACUGGCACAGUCAUUUUGGCUUUGCUUUUUGAACACCAUCUUAAGGCUCGCGUUUUAUUUAUCAAAGCCAAAUUUGGUUAAACUUUUCAUUCUUGUUGGAGAUAUUUUUUAAUUCUGAUUCGGUGUAGAGUGAAUUGGUCCCUUUGCAGGUUUGACAGUCCCACUUAUUUCUUGUCAAACCUGAAGUGCAUUUAAAUCUACACUUUCACAAAAAACUUUUUUUUUUUUUUUUUUCAUAUUUUUCCUCUACCAGCUAAUCCGUAAUCGGUGGUUCCCAAACUGUAGUGGUGGUUAAUGCCAAAGGUCAGUUAGGGUGAGAUUCGGGGAGAAUAUAUAUUGCUCCCAUAGAUAUACCUUAAAUCCCAUCUUUAAGGUCAGUUAGGUUGAGAAUAGGGGUGAAAUGUGUU